AUGGAACCGUUUACAGGUACUGGAGGCCACGCUCCGGGCGGCAACGCCCUCUACUACUGCAUCGCCCUGGCGGUGGCAGCACUACUCCUGUCGUAUCUGCAGCCGCUAUUCUCCGUGCCAAAGGACGGACGCGAACCUCCUGUACUCUCUAGCAGCAUUCCAAUCGUAGGCCACUUGAUCCAGUUCAUCCGGAAAGGGAGCGACUACCUCGUGGAUCUCGAGCGCCAGUAUCACCAGUCACUCUAUGUGCUCACUGUUGGCAAAGGUCGCAUAUACAUCGCUGCCUCGCCAGAGUGGGCGCAAGCCAUCCACAAGUCGUACCGAUCGCUGCAGUUCAACACCAUAGUCUUGAAUGCGAUGAAGAAUAUCUUCCUAAUGGACGAGCCUUCAAUGAAACUUAUCGAACAUAACUCGAAUGGAGAGGACGGCACGAGGAACGGCAUCUUACUCGAGAUGCACGAUAUGCUUGGCUCAGUGCUUGCGCCUGGACGACAUCUCGACGAUCUGAAUCAUAGCAUACUGAACGAGGUCCUGCCAGACGUCAACAAACUCGCACGCAAUGGCCCUCAGCAUAUCCAGCUCUGGUGGUGGAUCCGGCACCACUUCUCCAUCGCCUCGAUAACUGCCAUCUGGGGACCGAAGAACCCGUUCAUGCUCCACUCUGACAUCGAGCCGUUGUUCUGGGACUUCGAAGCAGCCAUGCUACCACUCUCGAUGGCGCCUCUCCCAUGGCUGUUCGUUCGCAAGGGCCAUCUAGCGAGGAAGAGGAUCUUUGACGCAUGGGAAGAGUACAUGCAGAAUUCAGGCUACGAUGAGCCGGGCGUCAGCCAGCUGGUUAAGAAUCGUGUGGCCCUCAACAUGGAGAAGUACGGCUUUACGAAGCGAAUGCACGCCUACGGUGAAGUCAGCAUGGUCUUCGGUGCCAUCUCCAACACCGUCCCAACCGCUUUCUGGCUCAUCUCGUACAUCUUCUCGGACCCCAAUAUACUCGCCGAGAUCCGACAAGAAGUAGAUGCAUGUAUCUCAACACCUACCUCGGGCGAGACAAAGCGCAUCCUCAACGCCACCAAACUACGAACUUCCUGCCACCUCUUCACGUCCGCCCUCCGCGAAACCCUCCGCAUAGCCGGCGGCGUCAACAUCACCCGCCAAGUCUCCGAAGACGUCACCGUCACCAACAGCGCCGGCGAGAGCUACCUGCUCAAAAAAGACGCCAUGGUGCAGAUCGCCAGCAACGUCAUCCACCAGCGCGAGCUCUGGGGUUCUGACGCUCAUGAAUUCAACGCACGACGGUUCAUGCAGAAUGAAAAGCAGCAAGCUGACAGUACUUCCACCAAGAUCCCGGAUCCAGCGGCUCCGUACCGCGAUGCGCAGGGAAAGGUGGUUAGUGCUGCGUUCCGCAGCUUUGGGGGAGGCAAUAAUGUCUGUCCCGGAAGGCACUUUGCGCAGACGGAGAUUUUGGGACUGGCUGCGCUGUUCGUGGCUGGCUUUGAAAUUGAAGGGGUGCGGACUCCGGGGCGGUAUCAGAUGCCUCCGACUGAAGCUCUCAAGUCGAGUCUUGCCGUCAUCAAGCCUGGUAGGGACGUCGAUGUUAAGAUCAGGCGGCGAGCGGGAUUUGAGGACGUGGAGUGGGGGUUUAAGAUGUAG